GCGCUCCGGGCCGCCCUGGCCUCCGCCCCUUCUCCUCCCAACUCUUUCUUCCACGAGUUGCAGGUUUUGUAACCGCAAGAAAGACCGGAAGGUGCUGAGAAAUGGCUGGUGACUUGAUUUGGCUUGCUGCAGUCUCCCUUAUGUCUGCCUGCCAGCAAUGUCACUUUGCUUGGCUUGUGGGAAGAUCAAGAGUAAAACACAAAAUCAUGCCACCAGCUGUCUCUGGGCCACCAGAAUUUGAAAGGACAUUUCGUGCUCAGCAGAAUUGUGUGGAAUCUUACCCUAUCUUCCUAGUGACCUUGUGGAUUGCUGGCUGGUUUUUCAAUCAAGAAAUAGCUGCAAUAGGUGGUCUGAUAUAUAUGUUUGCACGUCAUAAAUACUUCCAUGGCUAUGCAGAGUCUGCGAAAGGAAGGUUAAAAGGCUUUUAUUUGAAUCUGGUAGUUUUGAUGUUCCUGAUUGCCUUGGGCACAACAGGGAUUGUGAAUAGUUUUCUGUAUGAAUAUUUGGACUUCAAUAUAGGAAAGAAAUUGCGUAAACUGAUCUAAAGAUUCUUCUUAUGCAUAAAUCAGGAAGAUGCUUCUCCUGGAUAUAAAAGAGGAAGAUAAGCCAUAUGGGUUAAAUUGCAAACAGUCUGAUUUCUUCACUAGCAUUCACCUGCAAUGCAAAAUGUAUGACCUUCCUGAAAUUUUGUUUACUUUCAUGCAUGCUGAAACAUUCUGUCAGAUUGACAGAGACUAUUUAAAAUGCAUUUAUUUUUUGAAACUCCUGUUCAAUACCCUGCACAACAGUUGUGCAGUGUAUACUAGUCUCAUUGAGCUUGGCUAAUGUCCUGGAUCCUUCAUUUUUGCUUUUAAUUUAGAAUAUUGAUUUGGAAUGUCUGUAAUACCUAUUCAGGCUGGGAGGGGAAAGUUUAGAGAAGAGGGAACAACUGCAGAGGAGCCAAUGCCAUUGCAGUAAUUGUGAACCAUGCAGAUCGGUCAGAGAGUUUUCGUUGUCCUAGGCCUGUUCAAACUUUUUCUCAUACAUUGAGUGCAAUCAUAUAUAAUCAUGAAAAGUUUACAAGGA